AUGGCUGAGUCGGAUAAGUUAAACAUCGACAGUUUGAUAUCGAGGCUUUUAGAAGUCCGUGGGUCUCGUCCAGGAAAGAAUGUGCAACUAUCUGAAGCAGAAAUAAGGGGUCUAGCUCUGAAGUCAAGGGAAAUUUUCCUUCGACAGCCCAUUCUGCUAGAACUCGAGGCACCACUAAAGAUUUGUGGCGAUAUUCACGGGCAGUAUUAUGACCUCCUCCGUCUGUUCGAGUAUGGAGGCUUCCCACCAGAUGCGAAUUACUUAUUCUUGGGUGACUACGUUGAUCGUGGCAAACAAUCCCUCGAAACUAUUUGUCUUUUACUGGCUUAUAAAAUAAAAUAUCCUGAAAACUUUUUCCUUCUCCGUGGGAAUCAUGAGUGCGCAUCAAUCAAUCGCAUAUACGGCUUUUACGACGAAUGCAAGCGGAGAUAUAAUAUAAAGCUGUGGAAGACGUUUACUGAUUGUUUCAACUGUCUACCAAUAGUCGCCAUAGUGGAUGAAAAAAUCUUCUGUUGCCAUGGUGGCCUCUCCCCUGACCUCCACUCUAUGGAGCAAAUCCGUAGGAUUAUGCGUCCAACCGAUGUCCCAGAACAAGGUUUACUGUGUGAUCUACUUUGGUCCGAUCCGGAUAAAGACAUUACUGGAUGGGGAGAAAAUGACCGUGGUGUGAGUUAUACGUUUGGUGCAGAUAUUGUCACAAAGUUUCUUCACAGUCACGAGUUGGACCUCAUCUGCAGAGCACAUCAGGUCGUGGAAGAUGGUUACGAGUUUUUUGCCAAACGCCAGCUCGUAACUCUAUUUUCUGCUCCGAACUAUUGUGGAGAAUUCGACAACGCUGGGGCCAUGAUGUCUGUUGACGAAACCCUUACUUGUUCCUUUCAGAUAUUAAAACCUGCAGAUAAGAAAAAGUUUAACUUCCGAUCUCUCAAUUCCGGAUGGCCUGUUACUCCUCCGAGAAACUCUAAACUCGAAGACAAAUGA